AUGGCCAUGUCCCAGGAAUCAUUGACCUUCAGAGACGUGUUUUUGGACUUCACCUUGGAGGAGUGGAAGCAACUGGACUUUUCUCAGAAGAACCUCUACAGGGAUGUCAUGCUGGAGAACUAUGGCCACCUGGUCUCAGUGGGAUACCUGGUGGAUACACCAGAUGUGAUCUUCAGGUUCGGACAAGGAAAAGAGGCCAGGAAGGAAGAUGGAGAAUCCAUAAUACAGAGCUGUCCAGUCCUGCUCCCCUCAUUCCCUCCCUGGACAAACAAUAUCAAGAAUAUGAAUUCUGGCAAGUUGAUGACCAGAAAGAUAAUCACAAGGAAAGCCAAGAUAAAUCUCUGUGGCAAGCUACAUUUAUACAUCAGGAAACACUGA